AUGGCUGAAGGCUUCCAAACAACUGUACACGAUCAAGUCGGCGGAAGGUCUCCAGACGCGUAUCAAACAUGUGCCGACGACAACGUUCCCGGUCGGAAGGGGAAACGUUGUGAUCCCUGUAGAACCAACGGGAGGUGGAAUUAUGCGGUGGUGUUGUGUAAAACCUGCCAACAACACCAGUGUGAGGAGUGCUCAAUGAACCACUCCUUGAAUGACAUCAUGGUUGGACACGAUCUACAAGGUUUGGAGGAAGAUGACCAAAGGAAAAUAUGCACCAAACACAAGCAGGAUUUAAACAUAUACUGUGUAGAUCACGAUGAAAUGUGCUGUGGACUCUGUGGUGUAAUGUACCAUAAGCAAUGCACUAAAGUCACUGAUAUCAAAUCAGGUAUGAAAAUAUCGCUUGCAAAUUUACAUGGCAGAUGUGAAUAUAUUGACAAAGGUGAUGAAAAACGAAUCCAAGCUUACCGCAGCCAGGUGAAAGUCAUUUCCGAACAAAUCGAUAUCAUGAAAAAUGAGAUAGAUAAACUGUUUGAUGAUUUCAAGUGCAACGUUGUUCAUAGUACCCGUGAUGCAGUCAAGACUGAAUCAAAGAAAAUAGAUGAAGAGAAAAUAGUUCGAACGGCAAUUACUAAAGAUACUGAUACAACAUUAGCUACAAACAUUGACGAUUUCAAUAGAAUUCGUUUGUUUACCAAAAAGAUAAGACAACACAAAAAUGCGAUUUCAAAACAAGAGUCCGAUAAACAUGUUCUGGAUUUCAUUUUCGAAUUCAACAAGACACUGCUUUCUUUCAUACAAAGCGGGGAUGACAUCGGUUCACUCCACAUCGAGAAGACGUUCACCAAGGCAACAUCCGGGUCGUUUGUACGUCCUUUUAUGUUACGUUUGUUGGCGUCUAGGAAUUUUUUGAAGCAGGGUGAAGAUGGUGAUAGAGAACCUCUCAUAUCCGGUCUAGACUUCCUUCCAGACGGCAGAAUUGUAGCUGUCGAUAAUUGGAACCACAGGCUUAUAGUGACUGAUCAGCAGCUAAACAAUCUGGCUACACAUCUCCUUGCUUCAACACCACAAGACAUUGUCACAACUAGUGAUCAAAAAGUUGCUAUUACCACCUGUAGUGACGGUAAGAUCUUAAAUUUUAAUAUAAACGCAGAUAACACAAUCAUCGAAUUACCUUCUUUUCACUGCAAUCGUGAUUACGAGAAUAUAUCCACCAUGCCGGGAGAUUGGUUUUGUGCCACCACAUUCAGACACAAGUACCCUGUGAGCAAGGUUUCCGGCACUUUAGGGGAGAAGGAGUUUGAGCCCAAUCUUCCAAUGAAACAGUUGAAAUAUAAUGAAGCCGUCACUACAUACAUUCAAAACCGUCAAAUUGUGGUUCUCAUUGACUUUUCUGAUAAUUCUAUUAAUUUUCACGACGUAAGCGGCAACACCGUUAUUACCAUAGUAAGAAGACACGCCAGCAUCCAGAUACCUCGUGGUGUCUGUGUAGGUCCCGGGGACUGCGUGUUUGUGUGUAGUCAGAACACUAACUCUAUCGUGCAAUUGUCUCCCACUGGAAGAUUGAUUGGAUCUUGUAAAGUGGAGAUGAGCAUGCCCCGUUGUGUUGCUGUGUCCAAGGACGGUACAAAGCUUGUGGUGUCGAACAAGGUCAAAGGGAACACAAAACUUCAGAUUUAUGAAUUGCAAUAA